AAUUAGUUCUACUAAAGCUUAAUAAAAUUCUAAAUAUGCGCGGCUAGUGAUGAUUAAUCGAAUGCGGCUGAACGCUAUAUUAGCAGCGCACGGAGCGGUGACUAAAAUACUAUGAUUAUAAUCGCGACUUCUGUCGCGGUCACUCAUUCGUAUCGAUCGGCGGUGAUGUGUGAAUAACGACGUACUACGUUUAUUCUAUCGAUUGUUUCGUGCUUGUCCGGCUCAGUCAAUGAUAGCGUUAGUCGAACACGCAGUCCACCGUUGAACAACGCCCUUCUGAGGCCCGCUGCGUCUCGGAGCAUUUCGUGCAAUCCGUUGAAUAUCAAACGCGAGUCACACCCAUCCCAAGUUAUUGCGAAAAACAAAAUUCCUACGCGACACAUCGUGACAUUAAUUCGAUUGUUCACGAUCGACACACAAUGUACUCUCCCAUCGAUCCGUUCUCGCCGGUAAUCCGCUAGCUCACGAACGUUUUGUUAUGAAAACACGAACGCUCGCAUCACAGAGCGGAUGAAUUCUUAACGCGUGUCCUACGCGCAAUGGAGAAACGAGGAUUAUGCGGAGAAAAGUGUGCUAGACAUGGCACGUCUCUAUUACGAGUGUAACUUGAAGCUGAAAAACGACAGCGCGAACAACGCGAUCCUUAGGCCGUACGCAUGCACCCCCGAGAGGCACUGCCUUUAUUGCUGCUGUAAUUUGCAGUGUUGCUUCGUGGUGCAACGACGGCCGCCACGUCAUCUCUGGGAAACCUGGUACUUUUGGCUCGGCAUUGCUUUAGUCGCUGUUUUUGUCAUUUCUUCGGUGAGCAGCUACAUAGUCAGUAAUUACAGACAUAACAUUCAAGGUGUUCCGUUCCGUCGUAAUCCACAUGUCAACACUAACGUACGGAAUGACCGAGUCGAUCAGCCGGCGGCCAAUCGGAACCAAAUAUCUAUAAGUAUAAUUCCCUCAACGGGGACGUUGUCGUCGCAAAGAAAGACGUUGGUGAUCGGCGCGCAGCCGAGCGUCACGCAUAUGAGUAAGGGAGAGAGCAAUGUCUUCUUCCCAUUGUGAUUUAUUUUCCCUUAUUCGCCUCUGCACAAUCGCUAUCUGUGUGGCACCGCACUUGCACAUCGCACAGUGAAGCGCGACCACGAUAUCGGGGCAAAAUGAAUCAAUCCGACGGAGAAACUCGCGUCGAAUCGCAGCGAGUAAUUGCAGUUAGUCGGUCGCACACUUUUCACGGUGGGAUUACCCUCGCGAGCAUAGCGCGAGCACGAGCGAACAAUUUCCUCUUUCGCAUCUAUCCGCUGCUGAAAUGUGCUGAAAUAUUGAUUUAUGUUUCAGCACCCGUCGUUGCGUAACGGAGCGCCGCUCUUCGUCGCCGAUGCGUCGCGAGACCGAGAGACCGGAAAAAGCGCGACGUUCCAGCGGCUUGUAUUUCAGGGCAUCUACACGGUAAUAUACUUCGCGGACACGCAUCGUCGUUACGUCGUCGUCUCCUCUCGUCUUCGUUCACCGGCGGCAGCGUCAUUACGGACCAAACACUUAACUCGAAUACACCUCUUUACUCUUUGCGCUUACGUGUAAUAGCCAGUAGCGAACACCGUGAGGAAUGAGCGAGAAGCGUCGCGAGGAUCUCCGCGGAUCUCCCGAAGACCUCGCCAAGAAGACUUCGUUUCGAUCGACGUUGAAAGCGUGGCGAUUUUUUCCCCGCGAAUCUGCGACUCUCCGAUCGAACGUCAUGUCUCUCGUGGCGUAACAUUAUUCCAAUAUAUUGCGUAGUAUUUUGUACUCGUAUGUGUGUGUGUGCGUGUGUAACGAUAGAAAACAUUCUCGAGAGUCGUAUCAAAAUGUCACCACUUCUCUCUCUCUCUCUCUCUCUCUCUCUCUCUCUCUCUCUCAGGAGAUUUCGACAAAUGCUAAAGCUCGUUUUCAAGCGACUCCAUUUGCAUGCGUUCGCGACAGCGGCGAAGGCAACAGUGAUGGAAAAAGAAUGGAAAAAUGUUUCUUUUCGAUUCCGGUUACGGAUCACCGAAGCUAAAGCGACAGUAAGUAAAAAUAGUAAAAAUGCGUUCACGAUUCGACGAGCUCGAGCCGAGGGUCGCGGGACCGCGGCGAAAUCUUGUCUUCGGCUCAAUUAGCGAAACCAAUCGAUUACCGUGAUUACAUUUUCAUUAUUCUCACUGUGCGAAGGCGCACAGCGCACAGCGAUGUUCCGGCCGAUCGCUCAUUCGCGUCUACGAUAAUCUGCCGAUCGAAUUCGCGCGCGGGAUGUGAGAUGUGUUGCCCGACACACACACACACACACACACACACACACGAGAGCUCGGCUGCUACGUGUGCGUGUGCUGAAGCAGCGACGGUCUUUCCUGAAGUCAUUAUGUGAGAAUUACAGGCCUCGGCCCGUUGAUCGCGCGCCUCAACAGUGAUUUCACCCGGCUUUGAUCGAUUUAAACGAUUAACGCGUAUUCUUUCGGCCAACAUUUCACCAGCCAGCCGCCAGGUCUCGAGGGUGUGUGCGUAUGUACGAGCGAUGACGAUAACCAGGAUAACGAUACGGCCUCUCCUCGCUGCUCGUUCCCCUCGGUACGCUCUCUCCAGGUCGUCGCGCGAGCAACCUGCUCGAAACCCGUUUCCUCAGCAUCGCUCCGACCGGGCGCAACUCUCAUCGACAAUUAAGAAGACACGCCGGUGCGUGAUCGUCCGCCUACCUGAACGGGGACGGGAGUAAGAGUCCAGAAGCUAAUUAAAAAGGACGCUCCCGCUCUCGGAGAAAUGGCCCGCUGCUGCUCCCUUACGGCGGUUCCUUGUGCCCUCCCCCUUCCCCUUCUCUCCCCCCGAAUGUUCCUUUUCGCUCCUCUCCGUCGAGUAAACUCGCUGUCCUCCCCCUCCUCCUCCUCCUCCUCUUCCUGCGCCAGAUCGAAAUUAACGGGUUAUUAAAGUAAUGAUUCUGCGUUAUUAAUUCGACCAAUUAAUUAUCCGUCGUGGUAUUUUUCGGGUGUUGCUUUUCCUUUUUCUGCAUUUUCAUCCUCCAGACGUCUAUCGGACAAUUUGCGACAGCUGACGACUUUAGCUGCUUUCGUUCCGCUUUCGUUGACCGACCUGAUAAUACAGAUAAGAGGGACCUCAUCAACGAGUAACGAACAAUUAAGAGAGGCUCUCCUUCGCUCCGCGUGUGAAAAUAACUCGGUUUUCAGCAACUUGUACUUCCCGAUGAUAUCACGCGACCACCACUUACACUUUAUCGCUCGCAUUCGCUCGAAUGUAUCGUGCGGUCGACGCUAAAUGGUCGGCACGAACCAUCGGCUCGAUGUUGUACAGAAGAUAAAAAGGGUGUCAGUAUUGGCGAAACGAGCGUCUCGUAAUGUACAUAUUUUUGACAUUUCACCGCAAAGUAGACCGAUAUUACGUUCAUUCACGCGAUGAGAACGCGAUGCGAAGGCGAACUCGGUGGGCUUCUCGAUCACACUUCAGGAUCAUCAGGAUUUUUUUCUCUUAAAAUACCCCCCACCCCCCCCCAACUUUCUUCCUUCUCAUCGUCGCGACUCGCGGCGUGCGAGAAUCGCGAGAAACUCGACACGCACGCGAAGAACGAUCGGUCGAUUAAUACAUUUCGGCAAGUUGCUCAUACGUGAAAGAAAGAAAUCCUUGUCGGUCCGGCGAGAGUCUUCACCGGCAACAUCCGAUUCGCAAGUCCGUGCGAGAAGAACAAGCGGUCGAAGAACAGCCGACGCGACCUCGUUAAACUGCAACCGAGCGUCAUUCCGAUAACCCAACUCGGCUUUUACUGUCUCUCUCUCUCUCUCUCUCCACGGAGAGGUCGAUAAAGAAAUGUACAACGAACGGGGGCUCUGGUUAAUGUUGCAUGCGCAGGAAACCAAGCGAGGAAUCCAACGUCCCGUCUGCUGCGUUUCAAAAGCUAAUGCUGUCUGUGCGCCGCGAUUGAGUCAUUGAGCGUCGAUCAAAUGGAAAAAAACGUUGCGCGCGGGUCUCCUCGGGCGGAGCCCCGGCAUCGCCGUCCGAUUUUCCGUCGCACGGCCGUAUCAAUCUGUCUACCUCUUGCGAGAGUGCGAACGGCGAGCGAACAGUCUGCGAAGAAUCCGAAGCGUGCGUAUCUUUUAUUAAAAAUUUCACUCGAGAGCGAAAAUCCGCUCGAAGCGGCGGUAAAAGUACCACGCCAUCGCGGAAUCGCGAAUAUUUCAAUCAAGUCCAAAAUGGACGCCUGCUCCACAUAAGAGAACGCUCUAAUCAAUUAGAGUAAAUGUGUUUUUCGGAGACGGUGAAAUAUAUUGUAGAUUCGCUCUCCAAUUUCGAACGGAAGCAUUUACCCAACGAUU